AUGUGGACGAGACCUGCUGCCUCGAGACGGCGGGACACAGGAUUGAUACAGAACAGAAGAUGCAACCCUCCGGAACACCACGUCUUGCAGGCUACGGCCAUUCCACAUCAGAACCAGUCGAGGCUUACCGUUCCGCCGGGACUCGGCUGGAUUCAGCAAAAAGAUACCUCCUCCCCACGACAGGCUCGGUGUCGACGCGUCGUCACGCCUCGUCCGCUGCGGCUGCUCGUCGAGGCUGAUCGGAUCAGCAGCGAUCUGUCCGGUCGUCAGGCGGGCGCUGGCUCGUGA